AUAAUUUCUUGACCAUUAUAGAUAAAAUUUUUAAAAUAUGUUUAUUUGGCUUAGAUAAAAUUGUCAUGUAAGCACUUACUGUAAACCAAGCAUGACUGAAAGAAAUGGAAGUAGCUUAUUUUAACUUUCAUGGCUUCAGGCCCAGCAGAAUUUUCCAACUAAUUCAAGGAGGUUUCUUAAACAGAUGACAACAUCUCCUGUCAUUAGUACACAACAAAAAGUUUUGUAACAAGUGCCUUAGCCUAGCUUUGUUAAUGUUAUGAGGUCAUUCUGGCUAUGGAGGACAGCACUAGUACUGUGAAUUUGAGUGAAGUGCAAAAAUGUGUGGACAGACUACAUAUACAAUUGCAAAAAGGCACUAUUGGAAGUGUGAUUUAUUUAGAUUCUCUAAGAAGUAAUACAGCUAAAUUGCUACUUAUCAUUACUGGACAAGAAAAGGCAUGCAAAUAUUUAGUAUCAGAAGAAAUCAGAGGUUUUGAUGUACUAAUAUCAUUAUUGGAGAAUGUUGAAGAUGUGAAAGUUGUUAAUAAUGUUUGUCUGAUUUUAAAAGAAUUGCUAACAUCCAAAAAUGCUUUUCAAGAAAGAUAUCAUACAAUUCUAUCACUUAAUGGGAUUCAUGUUCUUUUGCGUGUACUUGUAAAUAGUAGUUCACAUUCUUCUGAUGAUGCUAUGGCCUCACUUUAUAAUAUUUUAUCAAAAUUAGGAAAUCAAGAUAGAAAAUUUGCAGUAAAAGCUCGUCUAAUGGGAACAUUACCUGUUGUCAUAAGUCAUGCUAAAUUUUAUAUUCAUAAACCAAAAGUUUUGCAACCAAUUCUUCGGUUUUGUCAAUGUGUUCUUAAUAAUAAUAUGAAUGCAACAGUUUUGGGAAAAGAAGGUUUAGUUUCAAUUUUAUUAUCAUUAAUUGAUUAUAAACAGAAGAAUUCUUUGAUUUUAUCAAGUGCAUUAGAUAUUAUGGCUGCAGCAACUCGCUCUAAGUUAAUUGUUCUUCAGAUAAUUCAGCUAAAUGGUUUAGGACAUUUAGUACAAAUGCUUGAACCAUCUAUUUGGUCUCGAUUAAAAUUAAAAGGUCCUAAGUUAGUGAAAGUUUUCCGGUGUGUUCUUCAGGUUCUUGUUCGUCUUUCUUAUACUAAGAAUGGAAGAGAAGCAUUAAUUGAAGUACAGGUUGCACCUUGUCUACUACAGUGGUGUCAAACAUUGCCAGUUGUAGGAGAAAACUGGGAUAAACUUGCAACACUAGCAAGCUUAAUUAUCCAAAGAUGCCUUCCACCUUUAGUUUUACCUGUUGCUUCAUUUUUAAGUCCUGUAUACUUUUCAAUUCCAGAAGAUAAUGAAUAUGUUGAAUGUGAGAGUUCAAUUUGUCCAGAUAAAGAAGUAUACAGUGGGAUGACGUUUGAUAUAUCUCCUUGUAAUUCAGAUCCAGAUUCAGAUUCAGAUGAUAGUGAAGAUUCCUUUCCAAGUGAAAAUAGUUCUAAAACAUUUGAAACAGAAGACAUGGAAUUUUAUAAAAAGUUUUUUCCAGAAUUAGAAUCUACAACAACUUUAGUUGAAAAAAAUGCAGUUUCACCGUGUGAAGAACACUUAAAAAAAUUUAUUCUUGAUUUACCUUCUUCUGUUUGUUAUGCACAGAAAAAUGGUACUCAUAAUGAAAUUUUUCCAACUAAAACAUUAUUUGCAAGUAAGUCUGAAAUGGAUAUAUCUAGUAUUGAAUUAUGCAGACAGUUAAAUCCAUCAACUUCAUUUCCACAAAUGGAUUUUUUGGAAAAAUGCAAUGAUAAAUCUUUAUCAAAUGAGAAAUAUCCUACAUUAAACUCAGAGUAUGCAAUACAGAUUCAGAGUACUUCUAAUGCACGUCCUAUGCCUGACAAGAAAAUCAAGCCUGAUUCCAGUAUGAGUAUUUCUGAAGUAUAUCAAAAGAUGGCUGAACAGACAAAUUCUGUAUAUCCUUUUGUAAAGUUGGCUUAUCCAGAUCUUGUUGGUGGUAUAGGUUGUGAUGAUAUUGAACCAUUGCAUCAAAAACAUCCAGGAUUAUACAGGUUAAAAGUUCUGAAUCACGCUGGAAACAGAUUAUUGGAACAUAUGGUAGUUCAACGAACUGUAUAUGAGGUUGAUGAUAUCAUAAAAAUAUCUGAAGACAAUAAAUAUGGAUUAUUUAUUUCAAAUGAUGAUGAAGAAAAAAUUGGAUGCUCUAUUACUACAACACAUUUACUAUUUGAAUCAUUAUUUGAGAGUGGAAACCUUAGAAAAGUGAUUCAGGUGAGAGAAAGAGAAUAUAAUUUGAUACUAAACCCUGAUUUGAACACAACUUAUCAUCAUCAAUGGUUUUAUUUUCAAGUUUCUGGUAUGGAAGCUCAAGUGCCAUAUACAUUUAAUAUUAUUAAUUGUGAAAAAACUAAUAGUCUUUUUAAUAAUGGAAUGAAUCCAUUAAUGUUUUCUGUUAAAGAAUUUUUAAUUAAUAGAAAAGGAUGGACAAGAACGGGUUGGGAUAUUUGUUAUUAUAGAAAUCAUUAUACCCGUGAUAAUUCUGUGGUUGAUAUUAUUAAAAGUAAGCCAUAUUAUACACUGACUUUCACUGUUAUUUUUCCGUACUCCAAGGAUAUCUGCUAUCUUGCUUAUCAUUAUCCUUAUACUUACUCACUUUUACAGACCCAUAUUUAUUUUUGGGAAAAAUCUGCAGAUCUAGAUUCUAUAUAUUUUAAAAAGGAUACUUUAUGUGAAUCAGUGGCAGGAAAUCCAGUUCCUAUAUUAACUAUUACUGCUUUACCUCAUAAUAAUUCAAGACAAUAUAUUUUUUUGACAAGUCGAGUACAUCCAGGAGAGAGCAAUUCAUCUUGGGUCAUGAAAGGAACUAUAGAUUUUAUAUUGAGUAAUAAUGAAGUUGCAAAAAAAUUAAGAGAAACAUUUAUAUUUAAAAUUGUGCCAAUGCUUAAUCCAGAUGGUGUGAUUAAUGGAUGUUACAGAUGUUCAUUAAGUGGUCAAGACUUGAAUCGGCAAUGGCUCUCUCCAAUUUCUACAAUCCAUCCUACUAUAUAUCAUACAAAAGCUCUAUUACAAUAUCUCCGAAACAUGAAUAUAAAACCUAUGUUAUAUUGUGAUUAUCAUGGGCAUUCCAGAAAACAGAAUGUCUUCCUUUAUGGUUGUAGCCCUUCUGAAAGUUGGUGGUCAAAUGAUAGAAAGAAAGCUGAUGAUCACAUAUACCAAGUCCUUCCAUUAAUUUUACAUCAUACUGCACCUGCCUUCAACAUCGAAAACUGUUCUUUUGCCGUAGAAAAAAGUAGAGAAUCAACUGGUCGUAUAACUGUUUGGAGACAGUUUGGUGUAGCUUUGAGUUACACCAUGGAAUGCACUUAUGGAGGAUGUAAUCAAGGAAUAUAUGAUGGUUAUCAUUUAGGAGUAGCUCAGAUAGAGGAAAUGGGAUCAAAGUUUUGUCAAGCACUAGGAAAACUUAUUCCAGAUGCAGAUAGUCCAAAGUCUUGUAGUGUGAUGAAUUCAUUUGAUUCAUCUUUGAUAGAUACAAUUAAAGCCACACAAUUAAUUCUCUUCAAUAAAAAGCAGGAAAAUGAGUCUUCAAAUUUAAGUCCAUCAGAAUAUGAAGACGAUGACGACGACGAUUACGAUGAAGAAGGAGAAUUAUAAGCCUUCUUGAUAAGGAACUUGAGUGUGCCUUUAGUAAUGUUGUCCCAACAAUCUCCAUAUUAAUAAUACUGUUAUUACUCAUAAAAAAAUACACUUUAUUUAUUUUAUUUUAAAUUUUUAUACAUUAAUAUGCAUUACAUUGUGAACAAGAUCCAAAAUCUAAUACACAGAAAAGUUUUUAAACAUUCCCUAAUGUGGCUAUUACAUGUACAAAAUAUUCCAAAUUCGAUAAAACAUAUGGAUGCAUGAUAAUUGACUAAAAAUUUAUAUCUUGCAUGCAAUUAGCCAUUUUUGAAAUUCUUGUGAUUUAUUUGGAUAAUGUACAGUACAUUCCAUUGUUGUAAAUUAUUGUAAAGAUCUUUAUUGCUGUUACUUAUUAUUUUUUGUCUUUAUUAUAUGUUAUAAAACCAUUCCAUAAUUAUAAUUAUUAUUCAUCAUCUUGUUUCAUGUUGUUGUUAGUUUAAAUGCGCAUUAAUGCAAUAAAGUCUUUAGUUAGAGUCAAUUUUUUCUAUUGGAUUUCUUUUGAUAAUUUUAUAUUCAGUUUUCAUUAUUUUUAAUUUAAUUUAAUUUUAAUGGAACCUUAUUAAAGAUUUUAGAUGAUGAUAACUUGUAUUAAUGCAUUUCUAUAUAUAUACAAUAACUCUCACACACUUUUUCAUAGCUUCAUAAAUUCUGUAUUUAUAGAGCUAUGUUAGAUUAAAUUAACUUAAAUAAGAAAGACUAAGGAUUUAAUAAAGAAUUCUAGAAAAAAUUUUUAUCUGAGAUCAGUCUAUAAUAUCACUUAUACAUGGAAAGUGAAGUAUGCCUUUUUUUAGACAAAAUUGUAUUUAAACUCAUUUUUAUUAACGUUUGUUUUUUAAUCCUUUCGAGAUGAAAAAGAAAGUUCUGAUUCUAAAAUCUGGAAGAGUGGCAAAGUCAGUUCCAGGAAAACCGAAUUAUAAAUUCUUUAAAAAAAAUGAUCAAACAUCAAGCUGUUAGUGAGUUACAAGCUUGUAUUUGACCAUUACAAGU